UCGGUCAAUCCGUCGCGAACGCCACCUCCCCUCUCACUUCUCCCCUCCAACACUACGAAGCACCAUUUCACUCCUCACUUCUCUUCUCCCCCAAAUCUCUCUUCGCCCACGCGGCGGAGCCGCCGGCGACGGCGUGGAGGAGAUGAUGUUGGUAGCUGCCCAUGGAGGGGCCGCGCUGACGCGAUGAGGGCCCGGCGGCCAGCCACGGAUCCAAACCAGAUCCAUGGAGCGACGGGCGGUGGCGCGAUGGCAGAGCUGUGCAGAGGGUGGAGGCGCAACCAUGGCGUCGUAUGCGAGGUCGGCGUGUGGGGUGGGGGAUCUCGGCGAGCUCCGCCGCCAUCUGCCACCGCCGCCGUCCCCGCCAACCCGCACGGCAGGAUCCCGAUCCCCGCUCCUCUUCCGCGUCUGUCGUCAAGGAGGAGCAGCGCCGGCCGCUGGGAGGUCCAGUAGCCGGGGCCGCGGAGGAGCCGCGCUGGCCGCCGGGAGGUCCAGUAGUCGGGGCUGCGGAGGAGCCGCGCAGAGCGCCGGGAGGUCCAGACCAGAAGCCAUGGCCGCUGGUGCGUGUGUGCUAUUCCUGCCGCUGGUGCGUGUGUGCUGUUCCUGCCGCUUCCUGCCGCUGGUGAAUGCGGGUUGUUCCUGCUAUGGGAAAAGGCCCGUUGGGGCGAUGGAGAGAGGGCGUUCGCGCUGUUGGGAGCGAUGCUUGGUGUUCGGGCUGGGGCUCCUCUCGUCCCGAACUAAUUCGUUCGAUCGAUGCCCAGAUUCCUUCCGAACGAAUCGUUCGGUGUGGGGAGGUCCCAGACCGAACGUUCGGCCGUUAUCGGCGUCCUUAAUAAGAAUUAAACAAGAAGCAAACCGUCAUCCGCCUGCUUCGAGGAUUGGUCGUGUCUAGCCGCGUCUUCCCACUCGCUUGCUGCCCGCGUUCCACGGCGCGACCGCUGGUCUAGGUAGGUCUGGGUGCAGCAACAACCUCUGAUCAAGUGCUCAUCCGCAAGCUUAUUCAUCUCAUCCCCAAUUCCUAAACUCCCCUAGGUGAACACAAACACUCAGGUACUUCUCGGUUUGGUUUGCCUGGACCUCUCCCGUGCAUAUUCCUUAAUUGAUUCCUUGCUGCGUUUUGUGUCAAAAACCAGUUGAAAAUACGCAAUAUGUAGUACUACUACUCUAUCAGGCAUGUGCUGUUGGUUCUAACAAAGAAAUUACAGGAUUUUUUGUGGCACACUACUCGUAGGUUAAUUUGUAUCAUUUGGGAAUUUUCUAUGCAAGUCAAUCCGGCAAGCCAUUCUAUUACUACUA